UUGCUUACAUUUAAUAAUGCCAUUUAGAUCUUUCUUUAACAUGGAGUCGUACAUGCUGGAGAUAAAAUGCUACAUUUCUAUAAAGUUUGUGGUCUACGGCAAUGCCACUCAUCUGAUAAAUUUGAUUAAAUAUUACAGGAGUGAACAGAUUUUUGACAGUAUUGUAGAUUUGUAUUUAAAGAGCUAAUUCAGCACUGGCAGAAGCAGGAAAAAAUUGGUGACCUUGGACCUCUUUUGAAUGUAAAGGGGGAGGGGGAAGCAGCUCUCCCCUCUUUGUGGCACUGUGCUUAGGCCUGACAAAAUAAUCCUAUACAAGACCAUGUGAUUCUAUGUCAUUCAGUUCUAAGAAAGACUUGAAUCCUUCUUCCAAACUCAAGCAAAAAUCUUCAAGUGUCUCUAGGAAAAAGCUUAACUCUUCAUAAGUUUAGUGAAAAAACAUGCACAUUUCUACUUAUUUUUGCUACAUUAUCAUCCAAGGUAGAGAAAAAGAUCCAACCUAUUACAGUUUUAAUUUUUUACCCACUGAUUGUAACAUAAAAAGAUUAUAAUAUAGCAACAUUUUGGCUUUAUCUUAUACAUUUGCUUUAUAAUGUUAUGGAAGAAGGAUGAUCACUUUAACAUAUUAUACUACUUACUUCUGAGUGACUUAUGAAGAUAAGGCUGUCUGAGCAUUUUUCUUGCACAAUUACUGCUGCUCUACAAUACUGUCCCUCCCCCACACACACAUACAAACUUCUCCUUGAAAAUGAUAGUGAAACAAGGCCAACAUAAAUCCUAUUAUUGCUACUUACUGAACCAAAUCUAUAAAUCACAAUAAACCAUGAAGUCCAGAGUCAUAUAGGAAUACUUUGAAAUGUUGCAAAGCCAUCUUUGGAACUGCUGUAUCACUAACCAUGAGGAAACAAUAUGAAUACAUUAGUCCUUUGUAGGAAGCUUUUACCAUCAAUCUAUAGAGGUUGUGAAAGGUCCAUUUCUGGAGAUUUUGAAGAAACGAUGGAACAGCCACCUCUUACAGAUGAUUUAAUUGGUUUUCCUGUAUAUUCCACAGAGGUGGACAAGUUGAUCCUUGUAACUUUUUCCAAUUGUGCACAUCUAAGAUUAUAUAACAGAGUCCCUACAUUUGCAACAGACUCCAAAGACAUGAUCAACUGUUCUUGCAGUGUUAAAAUCAAAUCAAAUACAGUACUUUUCAUGCACCCUUUCCAGUUCUAGAUUUAUCUGUAACACACAAUGACAAGACCUAUACACAGACUUUAGAAACAAAACUAUUUUUGCAGUAAGUCCUUCAGUAACUCAGUAGGACCUAAUAGUUAAGAUGCAAAUUACUGGAUUAUCUUUUGCCCUCUGAACAUUUAGGAUUCUAUACUAUGCUGCCUCUUCAGAAUGUCUGCUUUGAAAAUCUCCUGAAUUUAUAGGAGAAAAAUUACCUGGAAAUCAAUUGCUUCCUGUUUCUACUUGCACACUUAAAUAUAGCUAUUAAGAAGCUCAUUGAAUACUAUAGGACUUAGCAAUGUAAAUUAUAUAGCCAAGUAAGUACUCAUAGAAUGGUACUGAUAUAUUUCCUGUAAAAAUUACAAAUCUAGUCAAUCUUGCUGAAAUGUAAGAAACCCACUGAAUACUAUAGGAUUUAUCAAUAUAAAAAUAUAUAGUACUGAACACUGAUCUAUCUGGAGAGAGAAUUACUUAUUAGUCAAUUGUAAAUAUAUGGCACAAAAAGAAAAUGUCAUUGUUCCUUAAUCUUGAUUUCCAAGUAUAGAGUUCUUCACAUAUUUUAUUUGGGGAUAUUUAAAGUAAUUGGAAACAGCUUAUGCAUGAGAUGAAACACAUCUUGUCUGAAAUUUUAUAGAAAUUAGGGAGGACGGCCUAUUUAGCAUUGUUUUCCCUCAAAUUCUUCAAAAAAGGACUUGAAAGAAACCUUUUUUUAAAAAAGCAACAAUCAAGUUUAUUAGCAGGACCUGAGAGUUUAGUAUCCCAAUAUUCUCUUUGAAAGGAAAUAUCUGGCCUUUUGGACACUGGCUCUGCAAGGGCACAAACACAUGGUUCCUGAAUGUGCUUUGUUUUGGAAAAAAAAUCCCUUUUCUUGGGGUCAAUUUAUCCUAAAGAGCAUGGAAAUUAACUGAACUCUUCUGGAGUAAGUAGGAUAAAGCUAUUCAUGGCUACAAUCCAGUCCAUACUUCCUUGGAAAUAAAAUCCACUGAUUUCCUUCCCAAUACACAUACUGUACCAGCAUGUAUGUUAUACACGUAUUUAGAUACACAGACACUCAGAGGAAGUGUUAAAAUUGAUCCACUCGAGAUUUGGCUGAAACAAAAUGGACUCAGCUGGCAAUCGGAAUGCAGGGCUAACCUGUGUUCUGCUGGUAAAACCAGAAAGAUAGUUUGUCAGUAGCCACUAUCAGUGACGGAAGAAGACAUUUAUUUUACUUGGGAAGAUAUCUAGAAAUCUGGAUGGCGAGCGGCGCGUGUGUUUUACCCAUCUACUCCAGGAUUCCGCUGUGGAACGUUCCCGGGAGGGAAGCAUUGUGACGUCAACGCACCUACUAAUCCUCCCUGUUGAGGGGGAGCCUGGAGCCAUGAGGUCAUCGAAGCGGCCAGUGUAACUAUCCCGAGAGCAGCGCCAGCAGCAGCAGCAGCAGCUUCAGCGGCGGGGGAGGGGAGCUUGCCCAAGCAAGGCCGCCUGGGAUCUCGCAGCCGCACUCCAGCUGCAAGCGAGGCUCGCCGCCGCCGCGAGUUUCUGGCAAAAGCAUGGAGGAGGCUGACACGAAAGAGCUGCAGGUCGGCUCCUGGCUGCCGGUGCUGGUGGAGCAAAUGGUGAACGAUACCCUGGUAGUCACCUUGAGCUGCGGGGAGAGGCGGUUUACCGGGAUCCUUCUGGAUUGCACUAAAAAGUCUGGACUAUUUUGCGUUCCACCAGCUUCCUUACCAAAGACAGAGGAUCCUCUUAGCAAAAGUUGCACUAAUGGGAAAACUGAAGACAGACCAUCCAUAGAGCUGGAGGCUGACCAAUGGUGUUCAGAAGGAAAACCCACCAAGGCCAAUGGAGAGGAGCAAGUCCCGCCCCUCUUGCCUCCUCCACCAACGGGCAGUGUUCCUCCUUAUCCUCCCUAUUUUGAAGGAGCUCCCUUCCCCCCUCCAUUAUGGUUACGGCACACAUAUAAUCAGUGGGUACCUCAGCCACCUCCAAGAACUAUAAAAAGGACAAAGAGGCGCUUGUCCCGGAACAGAGACCCUGGGAGGCUCAUCAUGAGCACAAUUAGGCUGAGACCGAGGCAAGUGCUUUGUGAGAAAUGCAAGAACACUCUGAAUCCAGAGGAAGGUAUCAAAGCCCAUCAAAAUGCAAAAACCCAGAGGAAACUAAGCAUCCAAGAUAAGGAACAGAAAAGACACAGUGAAUCUGAAUAUGUAGAAAAAAAGAGCAAAAGAGAAAGGCGAGAGGAGGAGAAGUUUUCUGGGGAACAGCUGCAAAGGACUCCAGUUAUAAAAAUAUCUUACAGCACCCCUCAGGGAAAAGGUGAAGUUGUGAAAAUUCCCUCCCGCAUCCAUGGUUCCGGGAAGCCAUUUUGCCCUCAGCGACUUCUCCAGAAUGGCGGGGAGGACCAAGAAGAGGCCCAAGACUCAGAACAAGAUCAGGAAAGCAAAUGUUUUAUGGACAAGCAGUCCAGUGGGCACCAUGCUUCCAUUCCAAAGCUAAAGUUAACUAGGCCUGUGCAUUCCAGUGCAGAUGUGCCCCCUCCCAAAAUCCGUCUGAAGCCCCACCGGCUCAGUGAGGGGGAUAAUGUUUCCAUUUACAAAGCCGAACUUAUCGAUGAGAUGAAUGUUCUUCCCAGCAGUGGAGAGUCUCCUGCGGCGACGGCAGCUGCUUUUUACAGUGAGUCUGCAGAACGGAGUCUAGCUGAAAUGUCUUCAGGGAGUUCCUGUGAAGAUGAUGACUUCAAAAGGUUUCCUCAAGGCAAAGAUGGACAUGAUAACUUGGCUUUUCUUAUGAAUUAUCGCAAACGGAAAGCAGACUCUUCUAGCUUGUCAGUGUGCAGCAAUGACAGCCUUGAUGAAUCUAAAUCUUCCAGCUCAGAAGUACCAUCGCCAGAAAUAUGUGACUUUUUACCUGGGGAUGACGCCUCUGUCUCCUCAUCUUCUAAAGAUGACCGUAAAAUUGUGCCCCCACUGACUGUUAGAUUACACACCCAAAGUGUCUCCAAAUGUGUGACUGACGAUGGUAGGACUGUUUCAGUCGGAGAUGUUGUCUGGGGCAAAAUCCAUGGCUUCCCUUGGUGGCCCGCCCGUGUUCUUGACAUAAAUCUUAGCCAAAAGGAAAAUGGAGACCCUUCCUGGCAGGAAGCAAAGGUUUCAUGGUUUGGUUCUCCAACAACGUCUUUCUUGUCACUAUCAAAACUAUCCCCUUUUUCUGAAUAUUUCAAACUACGAUUUAACCGUAAGAAGAAAGGGAUGUAUCGGAAAGCUAUUACGGAAGCUGCGAAGGCAGUGGAACACUUGACUCCAGAAAUAAGAGACCUCUUAACACAAUUUGAAACAUAAUUUUUGUCUUCAAAAACAAGUAACAGAAGACAAGAGCACAGCUGUCCUAGAGUUUCACAAAGUCUGUAAGCAUCCUGACACGCUUCCCUCGGAGAAUCGUGAGGUUUCAUUGCACAAGGUGGCAGGAUAAGUUUCCAGACUGGCCUUGCUCAUCAUCUGUGAAAGAGAGCUGGCACCUGGAUUGCUUAGCAAGUCUUCCAGAGGCUGGUCUGACCAAAUGUCAUACGGCUACUUAACACAAGAGAAGCAACUUGACCAGUAGUAUCUCGAAGAAUUUGGGGUAGAAUGAAAUACUACACCUUGGAAUGUAUUUAUUACCUAUAAAAUGUUAGCUACUCUUUAUAAUUUCCCCCUCUACUCCUUCUUUCUCCUCCUCCUGCUCCUGCUCCUCCUCCUCCGUUAGAUAAACGUUGCUGCUGCUUUUCCGUAACAAGAUUUAUCAUGUACUCUUGUUUAAUUUUAACAAUGGAAAAUUGUUGACUCCAAUUAUGCACAUUCUUGAGAAGGGAUAUGCAAUAGAAAGAAUCAGUGUAGUCUUAAAGUAAAAUGGACUCACUUGUGUCUAUUAAAAUCUGAAAACUGUUGAACUCAA